AUGGAGACCAAUGUGGACUUAAGCAACAUUGACGUGACGAUCGAAGAUGACAGCAUUCAUUCGAGUUUCGCCAAAGUUUUAAAAAGUUUCAGAAUUGAAUUUGGGGCUAGUGAGUUAAGAUCGAUUGCGUUGGGUUUCAAAGUGAUCACAUACAAGAAGCUUAUGUCGUUGUACGAUACUGAUUCUUUACAGGUGGAACUCAUUUCAAAUUGGAUUCUUGAAUGUAAAUUUUGGACAAUGUUGGAGUCGCUACUUGAUGUCAAGUUUAACAAGGACCUAUCGCAAUCUGUUCAGAAAACCAAAGUAGACCUCGAAGGAGUUUGUGAAUAUUCUUCUGAUACAGUGUUGCAGGACAAAAUAAUAUCAUCGGAUGGUGAUCUUUUACAAAUAUUCACCUGUAUAAACACGCUAUCAGAUACAUUCAAGUUGGAUUUCCCUACACAAGAUGAUGAGAACAACGUCGAUGAUGAGAAUGAGCUUCAGUAUACUAAGUGGCAUAACACUCUUCUGAAACUUAACUCAACCAAUAGAGACCCUACUUUGGUCAGAACUCUGGAUGUGGAUUCACCGUUAAGAACAGGCUACCAAGUAGACUUUACGGAUGCGAAGAGGGAUGAAGCUUUCUUCAAGAGAGCAUACAAACUGCUUCUAUCUCAUGAAUUUGAUGACUUGAAAACACUUUGUGAAGCUACAAACAACUGGGAUUUUGCUCUUAUGUUGGCAGGCUUGAAUGACAGGAUUGACCCUGUCAUUGACUUGAACGAUUUCAGCAAGAACACAGUUCCGUCGGGUGUCAAAUCCAAGCUUCUGAGAAAGAGGGCGAUAUAUCAACUAGCAAAUAGCACGAAACUAGACAGCUCACCCUAUGAGAAAGCAUGCUACGGUAUCCUAUCUUCGGACUUCAUGUCUGCGAACGAAUUGGCCACCAAUUGGGAAGAAAAAUUGUACUUAUAUCUAUCCAACGUUUUUAGUCAUAAGCUGGAUACGAAGAUCAUGAAGCUUUAUCAAGAUUUAGGAAUGGACUCAGAAGUAAGCUUGAUUUCCAAAUUGACGAAGCCUCCUGUUGUUUCGAAUUCAGUUGAUGAUAUCUUGAACAAGCUUUCGAAUGACAGAAACCCGGUUAUUAAGGAGCAAAGUAAACAUUCAAUCAGAGUUUUGAUUGGCUCAGUCAUAUCGGACAAUGUCAAGACAUUAAUGGAAAACACAGUGCAGUCUUUGGAUAAGCUACUAUCCGUGGAUGAUAACAUUGACAACGAAAUAACCAAUGAAUCAUACUUGUUGAGAAUACUGGCACAUUUAGCCAUCAUCUUACAGUUGAUAUAUGGUGAGCAGAUCAUAAACAAUCAUGAUUAUACAAAAUUACUCAAGUGUUAUAUUCUGAGGCUAAUCUUAUACAAAUCAUAUGACUUAGUACCUGUUUAUGUGUCGUUUAUACCAACCGAAGAGGCAAUAAUCGAAAUUUACUCCUCGUUGUUGUUCCAGUUUGAGUAUUCAUCAUCUGAUAGAUUUUCACAAAUUAGUGGCAUGAGAACAUUAAGACUACCAUUAGAACCUAUAUUGAGGAAAACUAUAGAAAAAGCAUUCAACGAAACUACAGAAUAUUAUCCUACAAGUAGUGAGAUUCAAUUAAAUUAUCAAGUUGAUGGAAUCGAUGAGAAGUUGUAUUCAACAAUUUACUGGUUCAUUGAUGCAGGUAUGAUAUUUGACUGUCUUGAUGCUAUUAUUGUUCUAUUACGUCGGUUCUUGCUUGUUGGUAAGAUCGGUAGUGCCAUCGAAUUUUUGGGCUCAAUUUCGUUACCUCAGCUAAUUGACAACUAUAGAUGCGAGACAUCGGUGUUAACAAAUAUGAAGGAGAGCAAUGCAGAUUUAUCUCAGAUACAACAUAUUCCAAAUUACAAACUUCUCGAGCUCACACAGUACCAUAACCUUUUCUCAGCAUUCAAGUUGAUGUUAAGUUAUGACCCGGCAACUGUGUCAUACGAUGAUUUACAAACAUUGAUCAAGUCGCUGGACAAAAUUGUCAAAUCAUGGCUGUUUGAUCUGGUGGACGAGGACAGUAGUUAUCACGAUAAUGAAAUAUUGGACUCAGAUGUUGAUAUUUACAAAGAGUUGAGAAGAAUUUACAUUCCGACGCUGUUCAAUGCACUAUUUGAUGUACUGGUUGAAAACAAGAGCAAGGGCAAGAAAUUUGCCCAACAAGCAGUUGAGCUGGUUAAUCUAUUGGCAGAUGAGGAGUACAAGCUUUACGAUAUUUUGAAUUCCACGGAUGAGUUGAAGACGUUCUUGGUGAAGUUCUCCAACGUUGGUUGUCUGCUGUAUGGAGACAACAAGGAAGGUGUUUACGUAUAA